CCCUCCUGAAGGGUUUUGAAGUGGGAGCAGCACCUUCGGACUCCUGCCAGAAGCAAACUCCUGUCCACAUGGCCAGGGUGGCGAGCCUCAGCCUUGGCUCUCUGCUUCUGCUUUCUCUCCUGCUGGACCGAGGUGUGCUAGCCAAGGAGUUGAAGUUUGUGACAUUGGUAUUUCGGCAUGGAGACCGAAGUCCCAUUGAGACAUUUCCUAAUGACCCCAUUAAGGAAUCCUCCUGGCCCCAAGGAUUUGGCCAGCUCACCCAGAGAGGCAUGGAACAGCAUUAUGAACUUGGACAAUAUUUAAGGAAAAGAUAUGAUAAAUUCUUGAAUAAGUCCUAUAAACAUGAUCAGGUUUAUGUUCGAAGCACGGAUGUUGACCGGACUUUGAUGAGUGCUAUGACAAACCUAGCAGCCCUGUUUCCCCCAGAGGGCACCAGCAUCUGGAACCCCAGCCUACCCUGGCAGCCCAUCCCAGUCCACACUGUUGCUAUCUCUGAAGAUCGGUUGCUCCACCUGCCUUCCAGGAACUGCCCUCGUUUUCAAGAACUUGAACGUGAGACUUUGAAAUCUGAGGAAUUCCAGAAAAGGCUUCAUCCUUACAAGGAUUUUAUAGCAACCUUGCCAGAACUUUCAGGAUUCCAUGGCCAGGACCUUUUUGGAAUUUGGAGUAAAGUCUAUGACCCUUUAUAUUGUGAGGCUGUCCACAAUUUCACUUUACCCUCCUGGGCCACUAAGGACACCAUGGCUAAGUUGAAAGAAUUAUCAGAAUUAUCCAUUCUGUCCCUUUUUGGAAUUCAUAAGCAGAAAGAGAAAAGUAGACUCCAGGGAGGUGUCCUGGUCAGUGAAAUUCUUAAUCACCUGAAGAGCGCAACUCAAUCCCAAAACUACAAAAAAUUUGUCAUGUAUUCUGCGCAUGACACUACUGUGAGUGGCCUACAGAUGGCGCUAGAUGUUUUCAACGGAAUCCUUCCUCCCUAUGCUUCUUGCCACUUAGUGGAAUUGUACCUUGACAAAGGGGAGUACUUCGUGGAGAUGUACUAUCGGAACGAGACCCUGCAUGAGGCUUACACCCUAACACUGCCAGGCUGCACCCCCAGCUGUCCUCUGGAGAAGUUUGCUGAGUUGGUUGCCCCUGUGAUCCCCCAAGACUGGUCCACGGAGUGUAUGAUCACAAACAACCACCAAGUUCUAAGGGUCAUCCUUGCCAUUGCCUUUUGCCUGGUGUCUGGCAUCCUAGUGGUGCUACUCUUCACGCUCAUCCGCCAUGGGCCCUGUUGGCAGAGAGACGCCUAUCGGAACAUCUGAACAGACUGCGGAACGAGAGGAGACAAGCAGAUCCCAGUUCCUGGGAUACAGCCCUGACAGCAUUCCAAGGAUAGGCAUUUGUCGUGUGGGCAUUGUGCUGCCCACACCCUUCCUCUUGAACCUGCCCAGAUCAUGGUCUGAACUCACAGCCACCCAGGGACAGCUGCUGGACUGACAGGUUUCUUAGGACAUAGCUCUGAGCAGCAGUGCAGGCUGCUCAUGUAGCUAAAAAGAGGCUCUUCUAUAGGGGACAGUUGUAUUCUCUGACACAGAUGUCCAGAGGAAAAGCAAGGAGUCAAAUUCCAAUCAGCCUUCCAUCUGCCAAGAGCAAAGUGAGACAAAGACAUAGAUUAGACAAGACUUGAUAAUGGGAGUGUUAGACUAGUCGUAGUAUUAUACAAGAUGAUUCCUAAGGAAAAAAACACAGUAAGAAUUAUAAACAUUUUCUUUAUCAAGGUGGGCUACACACGCACACACACACACACACACACACACACCCCACUAAGAAGCAAUUCCUACACAGUGUUUUAUGGCUAACAGACUUCUGCAUGUUUGCCUAACAUACAUGCAUAUGUAUAUUUAUAUUUUAAAUGUCUUUGGAAGAGUUAUUUCUCAGAAACUAUAAUAUCAAAGUAACGUGAAAAUCCAUGUGGCCAUGCUUUUGUUUGUCUUUUUGUUUUAGACAUUAAACCCAGGGCUGCACACAUUCCAGGUAAGUACUUUACCAUUGAGCUACAGCCCCAGUCCCCAGUAUUCUUUUUUUAACCUCCAAUAUCAGAACUGGAUAUUUUACAGUUUUGAAUUUCUUUCUUUUUUUUUUUUUUUGUAAUUUCUUUAUUUCACUUUAAAAUUGUGAGAUCUUACAUGGAUAAGAGUUAUUAAUGACAGUGAUGAAAUGAUAAUAUAUUUUAAUUGCCACAAUAUGUAUAAUUUUUUUCAAUGCUGGGGAUUGAAUCCAGGGCCUCACACAUGCAAGACAAACACUCUAUCUCUAAGCUACAUCCCCAGUCCUAUCUGAAUUUUACAAGUGGUGAGGUAGAAAGAAAAGUGGGGCUGAGGGUUAACAAACAACUGCCUCAACUCUGCACUAGCUUUGGGUCAACAAUCAGGAACAAGUUCUUUCAUACCUUAAGCCUUAGUUUCUUAAUCUUCAAAGGAAAAAUCUGGAGCAAAUGAUGAUAGAAGUGGCAUCUCGUUCUUGUGUUCUGUGAGCAAUUUCUUUUUCAUUUUACGCUAUGGAUGGGUUGUUGCCAAAACAAGCACUUCCAUGGAUAGUAUCACUGUUAAGUUACUAUGAUGAAAUUUAAAAUUUAGCAGAGUAGCAAAAUUUACUCUGAACAAUUUUAUUCUGCCCUGAAUACCCAACCAUUCAGUUGAUGGGAAAUCAAGGCUUAUUCCUUAGUAGGGUUCUCCACCUCUUCAGGUUUGACUAAAGAUCCCAGAGAGUAAUCGGAGAAGUCAAAAGGGUCCACUACAACUCUGUCCACACUGGUCUCCAGUAAGUUCACUGUCCACAUGGACAGUGGUCUUCUGAGGGCAGUUGGAGGACAUUUUUAUCAUGGCUCCCAUCACUACACCCUUGGAGUUCACAUCCUGGGACUGCCUAGACCAACUGCUCUACUACUGAGCCACAAUCUGAGCCACAGGAGCUGUUUUCUCUUACCUGACAACUUCUUAUUCCUGCUGCAAAACAAAGGCCACCCAGAAAAGGAAAAAAGAAAAUAAAUUCUGGCUUCAUCUUUGCUUGGGAAAGAGAAAAACAUCUGUAUCAACAGGAACAAAGAACUUGCUGUCUUGCUAGAGCAGACAGCUCUGUCAGUAAGAAGUCAUAAUACCUUAUGCUAAUGAGACUGUAAAAACAGAAAUAAAAACACAAGUCAUA